GACGAUUUGAUUUGACGUUCACUCCGUGACUCUGUCGAAGUCUCGUAGUGUUAACUUUAGACGGCUCAACUCAACGAAUUAUUUGUUAUAAAAAUUGUGCAAAACUUUGUUAGUAGUUUCUAGUUUACUAUUUGCAAUUAACUUUAAAAGAACAGUGUUGUUUAUAACGAUAUAAUUAGUGUUAAAAGUUCAUGAGUGCGUGCAUGCUGUUUUCGCCGAGACCUUGAUAACUAGUUUCUUGGACGAGCGAAGAGCCAGUUAUUAUAGGAUCAUGCCCGAGGAGGUACGUCUUUAGCUUACGUAGGGUUGCGUAUAUUAAAGACGACUGUGCGUGUACUAUUUCCUAAUUGCCCUACUAACAAGUGAGGUUUAGUGUUGAAAGUUCGUUACAGAGACAAACUGAAACUGUAAAGUGCGUUUUGGUCAGUGUUAUAAUGACGAAGUUAAAAUAAUUGUGCGCAACCGAAGGACGGCUGUGAGGUGUCCGCCAGCGAGACAUUCAUUUUAUAGUGCGAUGGACAACAUCGGAGAGCGCGGCACACCGCUCGGCGUAAGUCACAAUGGUGCAGACAAGGGCCCCGUCGACCUGAAUAUUAGCGAUAUUUGUAAGUAAUUACUAAUAAUUUCAUUAAUUGAGUUAAUUAAAAGAAAUUUAUGUUUUAUUGUGGUGAUGGUGUUAUAAAAUGGUAGGAUAAUCUCGUGAAGAUGUAUGAAUAUCCAUUUCAAACGUAUUGUAAAUAAAUGUAACGGAGAACAUUAUAAUUUAUAGAUUAUAGCGCUGGAGACCGUGGGUUCGAAUCCCGCACGGAACAAGUAUUUGUAUGGUCUACAAAUAUUUAUUACGGGUCUGGAUGUUUGUAUUUGUGCAAUUUAUGUUUGUAAACUGCCUCCACGAUACAGAGGAAAAUUUUAGUGUCGGAUAACGAUUUAAAAAAAAAAACCUAUGAAGUUUGUCACUUUGUACUAGAAAUUCUAAAUUCGAAUAAUUUUUACAUUUAAAGCACGCCAUUCCUUUUUCAAGAUCAGUUAUUGAUUAGUUUCUUUAGGUUUUGUCUUGUUCUUCAAUAUCGCUAUAGUUUAUAACUGUAAUUUCUAAGAAAACGUGUGUUGUUUUUGAAUAAGAGUUCCUUCAUGGAAACAAUGUGCCUCAAUCAGCACGCAAUACAAUGACGUAUAAGAACCUAGCACUAUUAACGAAUGAGCUGUACAUAUUGGUUUAAUCGCUUUUAUUCGGCAAACUUUAACCUCAGGUCUUUGAACCUAUGUACAUACCUUUACGUAUGAGAAAAUUAAAAUAUUUUUGUUACUAAAAAUCUUAUUACUGACCGUUAUUGUUAAAAUUGCAAAUGAUAGGGUAGAGGAUGGCAUUUAAAAAACGCCAAUAGGUGAACAAUAUACAAUAAUAUAAAAAUAUAUAAAUAUAUAUAGGUGAAAUGCCAAAACAAAAACAAGAAAUUGUACAACCAGUGCGUGUUGCCAGUGAUGACUUACGGAACUGAGACGUGGUCCUUCACUGCUGGCCGUAUGAGGAAGCUCAAGGUCGCUCAGCGAGCUAUGGAGAGGGCUAUGCUCGGAUUUUCUCUGCGUGAUAAACUUAGGAAUGAGGAUAUCCGCAGUAGAACCAGAAUAACUGACAUAGCCCAACGAAUUAGUAAGCUGAAGUGGCAGUGGGCCGGCCAUAUAGCUCGAAGAACCGACAACCGAUGGGGAAGAAAGGUUCUCGAGUGGCAGCCUCGUACCGGUAGGCGAAGUGUAGGGCGUCCCCCCACGAGAUGGAGUGACGACCUGGUAAGACAUGCAGGAAGUCGAUGGAUGCAGGUGGCUCAGGACCGUGCUUUGUGGCAUUCUUUGGGGGAGGCCUAUGUUCAGCAGUGGACUUGUGAAGGGCUGUAAUGAUGAUGAUGAUGAAUAGGUGAACUACUCUUUGCCAGUGAUUUUUCAUGCAACGCUCCGUCUUAUUUACACUACAGACGUUGGCAGUAUUAGCAGAGUCCAAAGCCAGAGACCCUAACUCAUGUACAAUAUUCUCCAGACAUUGCCUCAACAGGUUUUCACUUUUUCGAAGUUUAGAUAACAUUUUGAUAUGCAAAAAUUUUAAUUCCGAAGAAGCAAUAAAGAACGACAGAGUUCAUCGUUUCUCGUGCAGGAGAUUUCUAUAGCAAGGGCUCUCGAUCAACAAAUUCCCAUACAAAAUGACAAUUUCAUAAUUAAAGACCCAAUAUUCUGAAUUAUAUUGAUACUUUUUAGGGUUCCGUACCCAAAGGGUAACCAACCAGUCAGUGGGCUGUAUCUCAUGAUUCGUAGUAGUAAGACAGUUGAAAUGUCACAGAAUGUGUAUUUCUGUUGCCGCUAUAAUAACAAAUAAUUAAUAUAAAACAAAUUAAAAAUUAAAAGGGGCUCCCCUACUAAAAACGUGUAUUACGAUGGUACGGAACCCUACAUACGCGAGUCCGACUCAUACUUGGCCGGUUUUUAUAAGUUAAAUUAAGUUAAUUAAAUAAUAUACAAUCGGACUGAUAUGUAUGUAUUUUGUAUUGGUUUGCCACGAAUUGCGAAAUUUGCACCAAAUGCAAGGUCUAAAUUUUAAUCCAUCCACUAAAUGAAACCAACUUUAUGGAUUUAUCCGAUCUUCAUAUUUUCAAAUUUUUGGGGUUCGAUCUACGCAUUAUUAAUAUUAUUUAAAAGUUAAAGGUAGCCUCUGUUAACUAUGACAUCAGGGCGUCAAACAGACAACGCCCCCCCCCCCCCCCCCCUCCCUCGUGAUCAUGAGUAAAACUGUAUAGCACCCGAAACGUCGGGUGUUGAAAAGUGAACUAAACACGAUAAAAUUAGUUUUGUUUAAUGUGUAGUAUCCGCGUAAAUAUAAGAAAUCAUUUAGGGUAUGUUCCGAUAUACCUACACUGUGACCACUAAGGUGGGACGUCAAUUCAGUAUACUGUGAAGCCGUUUCUUUUUAGUUCGCUAUACUGGUUACUGUUUAAAAGGGAACGCAGUCCAGUAUACUAGCGUCCCCAUUUUUCGACACUAUUUUCAAAUGAAAAUAUUUAUCAUGUACACAUUUUCUGUUC